AUGGAGAACAUGGACUUGGCGGAGGCUUCGAAGCCUCACCCAGAACUUCGACAGUAUUUCGCGCAAGGUGGCCCAAACCCCUUCCCUAAGAUGGGCGACCUCGACGCCACAAGGAAGGGCCUGGCUGACGGUCUCCGGUCUGUCCUAUCCUCCAUGCCCCCAACUUACAUGGAAGGCGUCGAAAAGGGCCAGAUCGAGAUCCCGAUGCGAGACGGAGCCACAAUGUCGGCGCUAUUGUACAAGCCUGCAGGCGGCAGCUCCGCACCGCUGGCCGUCCUGUACCACGGCGGAGGUCAUGCCAUGGGCAUCCCUGAAAUGGAAGAAAGCAACGCCAUGAUCUUGGUCCGCAACCACGGCUGCGUCGUUGUUAGCGUGGACUACAGACUCGCCCCAGAGCACAACUUCCCGGUGCCGAUCGAUGACUCUUGGGACGCGUUCAAAUGGGUGGUCGCGCAUGCGUUUCAGCUCGGAGCGGAUCCGUCCAAAGGGUUCGUUGUGGGGGGAUCGUCAGCGGGCGCCAACAUUGCAGCAGUUGUGUCGCAUCUGGCGCGCGACGAGAAAGUGAGCCCACCGCUCACGGGGGUUUUCCUAGCCGUCCCAUUCACGCUGCCAGAAGGAGCUGUACCGGAAAAGUACAAGGACAGAUACAGGAGCAGAGAAGAGAGCAAGAGGUUUGAAAUGUCGGAUCCGACGGCCAUGCUCGAAGCCAUGAGUGAGUACAUGCAAGCUUGGCUGUACCUCGGGCUGAUACAAACCAACGCAGGUCUCUAUCAGGGUGACAAUGCCUCUCCGCUAUACGUGCCCUUCAAUUGGCCCAGCGGGCACGCCGGGCUGCCACGGACCUAUCUUGUCGUGUGCGGGAUGGAUCCACUGCGCGAUGACGGGCUGCUGUACGAGUACGUGUUGCGGACGGAGAGCGGGGUGGAAACGAAACUGGACUUCUAUCCGGGCAUGCCUCAUGGUUUCUGGGCCGUAUACCCGCAAUUCGAGGCGUCGAAGAAAGCAACGGCCGACGUCGUUGCAGGAUGGGCCUGGCUGAUGAGCUGA